AUGAAACUAGUCCAAUAAGAGUAUUACUUCAGCAGACCCAAAAUCAAUAGUCUGUAUUCACCUGAUAGCAGAUUUAAAUCUAUCUCUCAUUAUUCUGAUAAGUCUCUGGUUCAGAAUAUUGAUACCCAAAUCUAAAUCAAUUAAGUCAUACAAAAUAUACAAUACUUGAAGGGCAAGAUAAAUUAUGAAAAGAGUUAAUUGUAGCAGCUAUCCUUUCUUAAUAGCGAUACUAAUUUCUCAUUUACAUCUGUUCCUCUUAGCAAAUUAGAUCCAGAGUCUUAUACUAUGAAAUAAAAGAUCGUAUAACUUAAAGAGCAAUUAAAACAAUUAGAGAACGAAGAGAAGCGAAUUUAAAUGAUGAAUUAUUAGAGAAUUGAUCAAAAUGAAGAAUACGCCUUUAAAAAUUAUACUAGAAUAAUGAUGAUGAAUAAAUCUAAAUAAUAGCUCAUUCAGCAUAAAACUGGACUUAUUAAUUAGAUCAAAUAAUUAAAACAUGAAAUUUAUAUAGACUAGAUGGAGAUUAAUGUAUAAGAUCAUCAAAUUCUUGAUUUAGAAACAAAAAAUAAACAAUAUAAAAUAAGAUCAUCCAAAGUUUCAGAAUAGCUUAAGCAAAUAAAAAAAAAUCUCGCUAAGUAUUAACAGUUUGAUCUGAAAAAGUCUAGAUAAAUCAAAGAUUUUAUGAGUAAGUUAGGAGUAGGUGAUUCUAAAGCAGACGAUAUGGAUGAAGUACUUGAAAAUUACAAUAGAAAAAUACUGAAUAAUCAAAAAUCUAUUGAUGAAUUUCUAUUAAUAGCAUAAUAACGAUCAUAUUAUGCAUUAUCAUAAAUGUAAGAUUUGGAAUAUCAAAUCAAAAAUUAAAAAGAAGUUAAAUCAGAAAUCUUUUCAUAAAUUAGAGAAUUAAAAUUACUGAUAUCUAAAUUCUCAAAAACUAGAAGUACCUCUUUAGAAAAUAAUUACAAUAGAGAUAAUUUGAAAGAGGAAGAAAAAGUUGAUUGGAUUUUUAAUAGUAGAGAUUUAGAUGAAUUUCCAUUAACUUAAUCUAAAAUCAUAGAUGAUGUUGAAUUCGAUUAUUGA